CUCUGCAGCCACCCUCUGGGGAGAGGCAACCGCCGUACGCAGCACUUGACACCCGUCUGUCCCUGCCACCAGUGAACCAUGGGGCUCAGUGACCAGGAGUGGCAACAAGUCCUCACCAUCUGGGGAAAAGUGGAGGCCGAUAUUGCUGGCCACGGACAUGAGGUUCUGAUGAGACUUUUCCAUGACCACCCUGAGACUUUGGAUCGCUUUGAUAAGUUCAAAGGCCUGAAGACCCCUGAUCAGAUGAAGGGCUCUGAAGAUCUGAAAAAACAUGGAGCUACCGUCCUCACCCAGCUUGGCAAAAUCUUGAAGCAGAAGGGUAAUCAUGAGUCAGAGCUGAAACCCCUGGCUCAAACCCAUGCCACGAAGCACAAAAUCCCAGUAAAAUAUCUGGAGUUCAUUUCUGAAGUCAUUAUCAAGGUCAUUGCUGAAAAACACGCCGCAGACUUUGGGGCCGAUUCCCAGGCUGCGAUGAAGAAGGCUCUGGAGCUGUUCCGAAAUGACAUGGCCAGCAAGUAUAAGGAGUUUGGUUUCCAGGGUUAGCAUGUACGCAGAAGGACACCACGAUGGAGGCCUAGCCAUGCAUCUCAGAGUAGCUUCCCCAGCAUUACUCUGGACAUCUUCCAACUGGUCAUCCACGAUGUGUGGGAAUGCUUCAAUGAGAGGCCAAGAGUCACCCUAUGCAGCGCAGAGGCACUCAGAGUGAUGUCCAUGAUAAAUUGUUGUCCUUCCCUGGCUUCAUGUAUGCAAAAGAAAUAAUCUGUUUUCUUAGGAAAAAUAAUAUAAGGGGUUAUCUGUCACCUUCUGCUUAUUUCUGUGUCCUUCUUCUUUCCUCAUCCCCAACACCCAGUCUCAUUCAAGAGGGAAAUGGUGUGGCAGGAGAUGAAGGGAUGUGGAAGAACACGGGGCGUGUUGAGGAGUGUGGUGAAGGAGUGGGUGAAGAGAGAACUCAAAGGUGCAAAAGAGAUGUCAGAGUGGGAAGUGGGGACACGGCAUCUGAUUUCUCUCCCAGGUGAGACUGUUAGCAGGUGACUGUGGAAAGCUUUCAGCACCGUCACUGUUGUUACCUUGUUUCAUGGGGGUGAACGCAGUCUGUCUCCAGGGUCUGUCAGCUUGGCAACCUGCUAAACUCAUGUUAGCAAAACCAUAAGGAGUAGUGUGCUCUGUGAUCUGUAGGCUUCUGGCAGCUUCUGCUAUGCAUGUAAAGUUGUGUGGCUCUGGGAAGCAAAAUACGUGUUACUCAGAAAA